AUGUCGGUAUUAUCUUCAUUUAGGAUGCUCGUCUCCAUCGCUGCAAACUCUCCUCCGAAGUUCACGAGCACCUCAGUUCAAUCCGGUUGCUUUAUUAUGACUGCGUCGACGGUUGUUUGCGAUAGCGUCAGGCAGAAGAAGCUGAAAUGGAAGCUCAACGACGUUGAGUUGUUGGCUGGGAAUAUACCUUCUAGCCUCGCUAAUGACGUACGAGUCACAUUCACCGGCCGACCUGCACCGGCAUCGAAAUGGCUCGUGUGCUUGUGUUGCCUCAUAUCUGAGCCUGGAAGCGACGGAGGCGGUGAUGUUCGGGUUGGGCUGACAAACCACGAGCUUGGUACAUACUGUCAUCCCCCUCUCUUAUUCCAAAGCUUAGCUGUUCCUUUGGAGAGUACCUCGAAGCAUGGAACGCAACACCCAUCAUCAUGA